GGACAUUUAGAAAUCAAUUUUUCGAGAAAAUGAUUGAUUCGAUUGAAAAGGAACGUUUAAAGGAAUCAAUUAAUCCAUUAUGCACCAAGAUGGGAUUCGAGCCAAUAUGCUUGGAAGAAACGCUUAAAUUAACAGAUAAAAGGCAAUAUUGUCACGCAGCUCAUUGUUUACUGUAUUGUAAAAUAUCGGAUCACGGUGAUUCAGGUUAUUUUGGUCUUGGUCAGGUUCGCUAUGAUGGAUUCCUUGGUUUUCCUGGUGGAGUUGUAGGAGAAGAUGAACCAAUAUCAACUGUCGAUGGUCUUUUGAUAGGCCUAAGAAGAGAAUUAUUGGAGGAAAUAAAUUACAUUAGUCCUGAUGGUAAUCAUGGUUUCACUCAUGUUUCAAGUUACAUUAAAAGAAAAGUGGAACUGAAUAAUGAGGUUCAACAUGCAGAUUGUAAUAUUCACCAUUUUUUCCUAAAACAAAUAACCGAACAACAGUUUUCCCAAUGUGAGCUUAAUCACACAAAAUCAACCGAUUUUCCACUUGAAUCACUUGGCAUUUUCAGGAUACCCUUGAUUGAUCCUGCUUCCAUUGGUCAUCAAUCAUUGUUCCGUUUCUAUGCAGAUAAAGGUACUUUUCUGGUUAACUUCUUUAAACACAAUUUUGCUGGAACUGCCAAAGGACAACUCUUUGACUCUCUGGUUCACCUUGAUUGUAUAAGCCAUGAUUAUUUAACUAAAUUGAGGAAAUAUCUGGAAUGAAAAUACAAUGGAUUAAUUCAAAUUAUUCAACAUUUAAUUAAUUCUUACCUGUUCAUCCCUUUCAUUGGUAAUUUUUAUAAUGUUAACUCAACAGUCUGAUAUCAACAAGUCACAUGUUUAACUGAGCAUGUUGGAUAGAGUCAUUAGUUCCUCUGUUUUUACCAGAAAACCUAAUUUACAAUUUUGACAAUUAAAUAACACCAACAAAAUGUAUUAAUAUAAAGUUAUUAAGCGUUGUUAUUAAAGCCAUUGAAAUGUUUCAACGUUAUAAAA